AUGAGAUCAGUCGUGAGGGUUUCCUCGGGCUCCAGUUUGCUGAAGCUGCUUAAAUACCUGAGUAGAUGUGUAUGCAAGCCUUUGCCGACUGGAUCGUCUUGUGUCUCUGAAAGGACAUCUUCUACCUUGAAAAGUGGAGAAAAUAAGAAUAGGAUAGGUUUAUACAAGAUUAGAGUGUCGAAUAGCAACAGAAUCCUAUGCGGAGGUCACGAGUCCUUUCAAAGUGAGAAUAAAUACGGAAAACCCAGACUUUCAUUCUAUUUAAUCACUAAAAAGACUACAUUCUAUGUUGAAAGGAAGAUAAAUCUAUCAGAGGAAGUCGGCAAGAGCCUCAAAGUGCCAUUUUAUAGGCUGGACGCGAUUACACAGAGACUUAUUUCGCUAAUUUCUGGCAAGAAUAUCGAAAAGUUGGUAUACAAUGACGCAAUAGACCUGUUCUUUUGCCUGUACAACUAUUUUGGAGUUCAGAUUUACAACGUUUUUGAUAUCGGUUACUUUUAUUCUUUGCACAGCUUCACGAACAAUUUGAGGAUUGAGGCUCAAAACCACCGCCAAAUAAUCGCAAAGUACUUGUCAACCUAUGGACCGAAAGCGUACUUGAAUCCUGCAUCAUUCCGUAGGAACAAGUCUGACAUUGACAGUUUUGUGCACAUUUUAGACAAAUACGAUCUUGAAAAUAUAGCGCUUUUGCACAGAAUAGGAAACUGGCUGUAUAACAAUGUGAGUAUUGUUAAUUCAGCCAGUCUGAAUUUAAAAUUUGAAAGCAUUUACAGGGAGCUGUUGACCAGAUACCCGAGGACAUAUCUUUUAAAAUCCAAGUCUCAGCUGGAACCGAGUGCUAUGAAUUAUAAAUCAUUCAGAGACAGACUCUUUUCCAAUAUUGUAGAGUCAGAACGAGGGUAUACUGUUACCUGUUUGGACGAUGCCACCUUUUUCAACAGCAUCCUAAAGUAUCGCAAGGAGAAUAGAAAGCAGAUAAUUCUCUAUAUGAACUCGUACAUUAUAAAUCAGCAUUCCAACACUAUUAACCCCGUAUAUGGUUUGGUGAGUGAAGAACACUUUAAACAGUUUAUCGAUAAGAGAGUUGGCGAUGUGGUUGCAUGUUCACAUACAAGGUAUUUUAUUUACUUUGCACAAUUCGUCUCAGGAAAGAGUGCGAUUUCGAGUUUUUAA